AGCAAGAAGAAGAGGAUGAGCAGAAUUGGGUACAUAAAGGACUCGGCUUCAAUAAGGAGAAGAGGCAGGACACCACAGUUUGCUGCACCUCCCAGAGCAGAGAGGAUGGCUGUGGAUCAGGACUGGAGCAGUGUUUAUCCAACAGCAGCUGCCUUUAAACCUGCCUCUGUGCCUCUCCCAAUCCGAAUGGGUUACCCAGUGAAGAGAGGAGUGCCUCCCCCAAAAGAAGGCAACUUAGAACUUAUUAAGAUUCCCAAUUUUUUGCAUCUUACUCCUCCUGCAAUUAAGAAGCACUGUGCAGCUCUUAAAGAUUUCUGCACUGAAUGGCCAAGUGCUCUGGACAGUGAUGAGAAAUGUGAACAGCAUUUUCCCAUUGAAAUUGAAACUGUAGAUUAUGUUUCUUCAGGGACGUCUAUUCGGAAUCCCAAAGCAAGAGUGGUGACUUUAAGAGUUAAACUUUCUAACCUGAAUUUGGAUGACCAUGCAAAGAAGAAGCUUGUUAAACUUGUAGGAGAGCGGUACUGCAAGGAGACAGAUGUGCUCACAAUUGUCACAGACAGGUGUCCCCUAAGAAGACAGAACUAUGAUUAUGGCAUGCACCUGCUCACAGUUCUGUACCACGAAUCUUGGAAAACUGAGAAGUGGGAGAGUGAGAAGUCUGAGGAAGACAUGGAAGAGUAUAUCUGGGAAAAUAGUCGCUCUCAGAAAAAUGCCUUGGACACACUGCUUCGAAUAAAAGCCUCAGAGAAUGUCAGUAAUGUCUCUAAGGAAGAGCUGCUUGGAUCUGAAGUGGUUAAGAAUUACAGAAACUCUGUAAUUGCACUUAAAAAUGAAGGUGAAACAGAAAGUAACAUGUCUCUGUAUAAGGAAUCUGUGAAAAAGCUGUUGAAUAUACAAGCAUGAGAGGAGACUCUGUAGGUACACCUGAUCAUUAUAGAAAUAUUAAGCUACUGUUAAUAUUUCUUAGUGAUAUGGAUAUAUAAUUAUUCAGAACCUUAACCAAAAGUGUGAAACUUGAUGUUGAUAAUCACAGCAGUAAUCAGUUUUCUCUUUACUGCUCAAUUUUUUUUGUAAACAUAGUUGUCCUGUCCACGAAUCUUGUUCCUUGAAUAAAGUAUGUUUGGAUUCACAUUG